AACGUUUGCUGAUGGGCUGAGCCCUUCCUAAAGAUCCUGUCGGGCUGCCUUAGACACUUGGGGCCAGGGAUUCCUGCCAACCAGGGCUACUUUGGGUGGGCUGGGGGCGGCCCCAGGGCAGGUGUCAGUGUGUGCAAGGGCCCUUUGUGACACGCUGCAGCAUGGUCACUGUGGCAUGGAAUGGAGGAGUGUGUCCUUUGUGACACGUGGUAACAUAGGAGCUGGCAGUGACAAGAACACUCCACAGCGCUCAGAGCAGGCGACGGGACAGGACGGGGCAGAGCGGUGCUGUGAGGAGCCCCCGCACAGCGCACUCGUUCCUGCCUGACCCGGAGCUUUUCUGAGGUGUUGUUCCUGCAGCUGACCUCGAGGCCAGACUGUGGGACUUGCUGACCUGAGUCAUUUACCAGGAAUCUCCUGUCAUUGUGGCAGGAGCCCCCAAGACUAGAGUGCAGGACUUGCUGUCCUGCAGCUAUCCUGAGACCUCUCUGUCUCAGAAAUCUUCAAGGCACAACUGAAAUUGCUGACUUGGCAAUAUCCUGAGGCAUCUCUCUAGAAGGUGCCUUCAAGGCUGGAAGGUGGAAUGGCAGGCAGAUUUUUCAGCCUGUUCAAAUGCUUCCGGGGGAAAAAUAAGAAAGGCCCUGGAGCUGCUGCAGGAGAGCAACUUGAAGAGCCAGAGCAGAUCCAGACACUGCAGGAGGAUGCAGCCGUGGAGCGCACACAAGAGCAGCAAUCCAGCCAUGGCCGCUUCCGCAGAACAGCGCAGAUGUUACGAAAAUUCCCGCGCAUUCGGCGUAGAGAGACCAACACCACAGCAGCUGAGGGCCCAGCUGAGCCUGACUCGGGGCUGACCCAGCUCCAGGCAGAGCCUGAUGUCAGCCCAGACUUGGCUGGGCUCUCACAAGACUUGGACACCUCAGGGACUGAAACGUGGGCACAGGAUCUUCCCACAUCAGGGACUGAGGAUGCAGUCAUAACAAACACUGACAAUGAAGAGACUGAGGCCUUGAAAAAUACUGGAGCCAUGCCCACUCCCCCUGAGAUUUGUGCUUCCACUGUGGAUUUUUUCCUGGAGAGUGCUGUUCCUUAUCAGCAGCAGGUGCCAGCCAUGGUGAAGAACAUCCACCAGAGUCUCAUGUCCCACGUCACUGUGGAUGCCAGGCUGCACAGCGACAUUGUGAGGCUGGCUGAGGAACACCCUGCAGACGUGGCGCUGACCCUCCUGCACUGUGCCCCAACGUGUGACAGAGCUGCUGCAAUGAUGUGGAGAGCCAUAGGCACAUCAGGACCAGCAAUGGAGAAGGUGCUGGCAACACUGCUCUGUGUGAUGGAGCAUUGGCCUGUGCACAGCACAUGCACCUCCGAUGGGGACAACAAGGACGUUUUUGCCCUGGCUGCAACUCUGGUGAUCUGGGUCAUUGUGCCUAAAUGCCAGGAGGCCAUGAUCCUUCAUUCCUCCCGCCUGUUUGUGGCUCUGCUCUUCCAUGUUGUCAUCACCACCCAGCAGAUGCCACCAGAGGAAGUUGAAAACUUCUGGAGAGCGUGCCAGGAGGAACACCACCUUCCCAGCAAGCCCAACAGGUUUGCAGUGCAGGCCAUGAAGGCUCUGCUCUGCCGACUGGAGUGUGACCAGGAGGUGAUGGAUAUGGAGCGUAAGUGUGGCUGGGACACGCUGCUGUGUGCUCACACCCAGCACUAUGCUGUGGGUCUGCUGGCCAGAGAGAUGCGCCGUGUCUCCCUCUCCUUGUGUUCUGGGAUUGCUCUCCGUCUGCUUGGGCUGCUCAGCAGGGAGGAGCCACGCUGGGAUCUGCCCGGCCUAGCGUUCCUUGUGGAGGUCCUCGAGUGCCUGGACUUGAGGGAAUGUGCUGACAGCAUCCUGGAGAUCAUGUCAAGGCACCUGAGGAAUGAGUGCAGGGAGAGGCGUCGCCUGGCACUCAGAGGCCUCGUGGUGCUCAGCAAGGAUCCCUCGAUGGCCAGGAGAAUGGGCACUCUGUCUCCAAGCCUUCUGGAGCUGCUGGGUGAUGCAGACGGAGAGCUGGUCGGCAUGACGCUCUCUGUGUUCACUAAUUUGCUCAAGAGCAGAGACAUGCUGGUAUCCAGCACCACUGCCCCGAAGCUGGCUGAGGCUCUCCUGCUGCUCUUCGACCACGUAAGGCUUUGUAUCCCCAGCCUGGGGCACUGGGUGCUGCCCAGAAACUUUGUGCACUGUGGUUUUUUGUACUCUUCAGGUGGGCCUGGAGUAGAUGGCGCUGAGGUUUUUUCUUUCAUUCAGGACAACAGCCACGUGCAGUUGCUUUCCCUUGACCUCUUCUUCAAGGUGAUGGAUUUGGUAGCAGAGGAGGGAAAAAAGCCUCUUAAGUCAGUGGUGUGCCAGAGCCUUCCUGCACUCUUCUUCCACUGCCAUGAUGAGAAUCAGCGUGUGGCAGAGGCCUCUCAGGAAACGCUGCAUUGUGCGGCCGGGUUCCUGCAGAGGAGGGAUCUCAAAGAGCUGGUGGAGGCAGAGAAGCUGUUGGCCUUUGCCGAGGUCUUGCUGGCAGAGGACACGAGCCGAGCGGCCGAGCAGCUGCGCCGGGCCCUGCGCUACCUGGAGAGCCCCCAGGAGCCCCUGCGAGAGGCGGCCAUCAGGUUCAUGGGGAUGGCCGGGCGGCACCUGAGGGGGCAGCCAAGAGAGCUCCUGAUGAUCUGCAGUGCCCUUGAACACCUGACCGAGGAUAUGAGCAGUGCCGUGUCAGAGGUGGCACUUCAAACACUGCAUGUCCUCCGGGCAAUUCAGCGUGGGCACUAUUCCAUCUUCCAGAGGCUGCAAGAUCAGCUGCGCAGGGCAUGGAAGAGUCGGCCUCGUCUGUCAGGGCUCGGCUGGCUGCAUUGCCGGAGCUCUGAGGAGAACUGAUGGGCAAGGCACACUUGGUGGGGGCAAU